GAAUCCACAAGAAAACAAAAAGGGGCGUCACCGUAAGGAAGAAGAACUGGAGGAGAGAGUUAAGGAAUAGAUUGAUGUUGUUGCUUCUCAUUUCAAAAUGAAGACUGUUACAAGUUCAGGUUGUGAUCGAAUCAGUUACCUCCCAAUAAACAUCAUUGAAAAUAUCCUGGUGAAUUUGCCCAUAAAGGAUGCAGUGAGAACAAGCAUCUUAUCCACAGAAUGGAGGUACAAAUGGGCUACCCUUCCUAAAAUCGUAUUCGAUUACGAAUCUCGUAUCAAGUCCAAACUCAUUAAGAUUGUCCACCAAGUUCUAUUGAUUCAUGUUGGCUACAUAAAGAAGUUUGAACUGUCCGGAUUAGCUCUACGAAGUUGUUCUGGUAUUGAUAAAUGGAUACUUUUCCUGUCAAGAAAUGCUAUUGAGGAGUUAAUCUUGCAUAUUGAUGUUGGCGGGGGAGGGGGCAAGUAUACUUUGCCUUCCUCUCUCUUUCACUGCAAACAACUGAGAUAUUUGGAACUUAGAGGUUGCAUAUUCAGAAUUCCACCAACAUCCAAGGGUUUAGGCUUUAACCAUCUAAAGAGACUUCGUCUUUAUAACAUAACCUUUGUUGGAUCUACAAUUGGAUGUUUGAUUUCCAGCUGUCCACUACUUGAGAUAUUGGAAUUAGAUGAUUUUAAUGGUCUCACUGAUAUAGAAGUUGAUGCUCCUAAUCUCAUCCUCAUAUAUCUCUGUGGUAGUUUUAGACGUAUUUGCUUCAAAAAUUGUCCGCUUUUAGUAAAUGUAGCAAUUUAUAAAUGUGGUUAUUCAAUUGGAGGAAGCAAUUAUAUUGAUCAAGGUAGAAGGUCUAACUUGAUCAAGGCUCUAGGAGGCUUAGCUCGCAUUGAAGAACUUAAAUUGGGAAAUGAAACCAUGAAGUUCUUGGCUACUGGCAAUAUUCCAAGGAAGCUUCCACAUAUUUAUAACCACCUAAGAAGGCUUUAUCUCGAUUGCAUAACAUUCUGUAAUUUGAAGGUGAUUUCAGUGGUUUUUUGCUUGUUUAAAAGUGUCCCAAAAUUACAACGACUUGAGAUAUCGGCACAACUUGAUAAAGGUGCUCCCAGAGAUAUGGAACCUGUCCUAGAAUUCAUGGAAGAGCAAUUCCACUCUGGCUGUUUCUUGAACGAACUUCAAGUUGUCAAAAUGAGAUAUAUAUAUGGCAUGAGAGUUGAGUUGGAAUUUUUGAAGCUUUUACUCGCUAAUGCACCGGUGCUUGAGACGAUGUGUAUUGCACCUGAAUCAGAAGUAACUGCCGCAGGAUCAAAUAUGUGUAAGGAGUUGUUGCGAUUCUGUCGGGCUUCCCCAAAAGCAAAAAUCCUAUACUUCGAACCUUAUGAAGAGUCUGAUGAAGAUUAGAAACACUCUUAAAAGUGCGCCAUAUAUUGGUAAUUGUUAAUAUUGUAGCUGACUUUGAUCUUUUUGCAUGGAACCUGCAAUACAGUGUGUCACCUUAUUCAAGAGUCGAAUAUCA